GCCCACUACUUUGUUAUGGCUUACCUGCGUAAGCGCGCGUUUUUGUAUAAAAGCACAGACGCCUACACACGUGGUUUGUACUUCAUUAACAAGUCAGGAAGUUUCACUUUUAUAAGUAAAAGUGUCCCGUGAAACGGCAAUGCUCAAAGGCUUCUAGAAAGGAUCAUGCUUUAUGCCCGCUGGAAGAAGUCAACAACUCUAUACAAUAUGAACCAAAUCCAUUUUGCCAAUAAGCUUUUUGCUAGUCAGCAGGAAGAGCUUUCUUUCCAAAUGGUCCUGCUCCAAACUUGCCACAGAAACACUCUUAUGAAAAUUAACAGCAUGCAGAUUAAUCCACAUGACACUACCUGCAUGUGCUCCAGCAUGGAAAAUACCCGGCCACAUGCUCCAAGGGGCUUAUUAGCAGACUUUCUGGGGGCUGGUCCAGUGGGGGAACGUCUGAAAGGAGACGUGGGAGAUGCAGCACCAGAGGAGAAGGCUGCCAGUCCGUCUGCCUUGAAGAAACUGACCCGGAACAGGAGGGACGUCAGCUGGCACAGGCGGCUCCCAGACUUCUGGACCUGGUACAAAUUCUUUAUGAACACUGGGAACCAGGAGGGGGUGGAGGAUCUCGACCGCAUUUACCUCAAUUACCUGCAGAACAAACAUCGGGUGGAGGAGGGCGGCCCCUCCUUCAACCACUACCUCCAGCACCUGGGGGAGAUCUACAAGCUGUGUGCCGACUCAGAUGACCCAGAAUGCCUUGCUGAGCAAACCAGCAAACCCAAGGCUAAGGUUGUUAUGCCCAAGCCGGCUCCAUUGAAGACUGUCUGUGACCCGUUCACAGACCCCUAUUGCCUUUUUGCCAGAAUGGUGGCCGCCAAGCUUCCCACCCCAGCCUCACAGCCCCCAGCCCCAGCCCCAGUCAAAGGUCCAUCCCCCAUUCUAGCUCCCCUGUUACCCCUGCCUGGCAAAGCCCCCCUGGGUUACUACUACGCCCCGGUUCUCGAACCCUUCCUGUCGGCCGAACAGCGGGGUGAGCUUCUGCGCAUCUGCAACCCUUCUGACGUCGAGUGCCUGCAGUAUCACCUGCGCGCCGCGUAUGGCUACAGGCCGGCUGCUGGCCCCGCCCCCUCCUACGCGCACCUGGGCUGCGACCCAACCAAGAACCCCUACUGCAAACCCACUCUGGUGCAGAAGGCCCCGUCGGGACUCUACCACCUGUACCCGACCUGCGACCCGGACUUUGACCCCUUCUGCAAGCCGGGCGCGCCGGCCCCGGCCCCUCAAACCGCGGAGUCCGAGGAGGCCCCCAAAGAGCAGGUCUGCAACCCGCUCUUUGACGACAACUGCAACCCCCUCACUGCCACCAAGCUGGCUGGUAUCACCAGGCCCGUCUUAGAGUACACCCCCAAGGAAGAGCCUGCCAUGAACCUCGCCUGCGACCCUCGCUACGACCCCUAUUGCCUCAUCGGGCCCGCUGCCGCCCUUCUGAAGCCGCCUCCACCCCUGCCCCAGGACCAGACCCGCCCUCGCUUGGGCUUCAAGGGCAAGACUAAGGAAGGCUAUGACUGCUACCUGUUCUACGACGAGGGCUGCUUCCCGCCAACCUCCAAGGGUGAGAGCAAAGCCCCGGAAGCCCCCGCCUCCGACGACCCUGACUGCCACCCCUACGACCCCACCUGUGGGAGGUUUGCCCCCCAGGCCUUAAGCGCACCCGAGGCCAACAAACCGGCCAAGGACGGCGUGAUCGAGCCCCACCCCGACUGCGACCCAGAGUACGACUACAACUGCCGCCUGCGGCGCGCCGAACCCGAGGCCGCCGCCACCCCCACGGCAGAGGAGGCGCCCCAGGAAGACCAGGUGGAGGAAGAGUCCAAGGAUGAGCCCGUCCGCCAGGAGGAGCCCCUCCAGGAGGCUCCCGGGUUCGACCCCUACCAGAGCGGGCAGGGCGACCCCUAUGCUAGCUAUGUGGCCCAGGACCACGCCGUCCCUAGCUUUGAAGACUUCCUUAGAGGAUAUGCGGACCAGUAUGGCAGAUACGACUCCUUUUCUGGAGGUUACAAGAAAAAAUAAGAACACACUAAGGAAAAAAGUAGGAAUGCUGUAAUAUGUGCAAGAUGCACGCAACACACAGAUCACACACACCCACACACACACAUGCGCACACACACAUGGAUCAAAAUGAAAACCUGGCCAGUCUCGUCUGUACCACGGUCCUGUGCUGCAAAAGCAGCAGGUUGAGGGGAGAUGGGGUGUGGGGCGUCUGCAUCAGUGAAUCUGAUUCACUUGGUCACAGUACAUGAAGUUCACUCCAUUGCUGCCUGAUAUGUGUGGAAAAUAGCCACACAAUGAACAUUCUCAUAGGUUCUUUGGCCAAAGAGAAGACCACGUGAAACCUGUUUGGCCUUGUGUUUUUUUAAAACCCAAUGUCUGUAGUUAUGAGCCUUUGCAUUCUUGUGAUUUUUUAAUUAGGGGUAGCAUACUUGAAUAUAGUUUAACCUGGAAUUGCAUUUUCCUCAGCGGUAUGUCGUCCAUUUAAUUUUUAUUGUUAUGGAUCCCUUCCUCACUAAUAUUUAAUGUUGUCCUCUAGGCUUUUGCUUAAAAUGUGUACUUACAAACCUCAAAAACCUUUGUUUGUUUGUUGUUAAUAAUAUACAUUUUUUUCCCUUUUUAAAUGUUAUGAAUAAAAAGCUUUGAAAAAAGUUAUUAUUUUAUGUUUCUUCUUUAAAAUGAAGUGUUCAUGGGUCCUCUUCUUCAGCCUAUGUAGUUUUCACCUAAAAACAUGAAAACGUGUGUCUGUGCAUUUGUAAGACAAAAUAUAAAAUACAAGGAAUGCUAUGUAUUGCAAAAUCAGUUUGUUUCUAUUAACAUUAUAUGCAUACUUUUGCAGAACAUUUUAAAAUGAGUGCCAUUACAGCAUCUACUACAAUAAAUGCAUAAAGCAUCAAAAACCGAAAA